AUGAAUCUUGGCAUACGCACCGAGUUCCACAUGACUUUUACAUCCAAAGCCUCUCGACUACAUUGCUCAAAGGCCCGAGCUCCCCUCUUCCAACGACAGCAUUGGAGUAGCGGCACUCCUGCAGACGGAGCCAUGAAGAUCGAUUUGCAAAAGACGAGGCCCGCAAGACCGUUGCCGAACCUUUCGAGGAUGACGGAUUUGGGGAUUGUGCACGGGGAUGCAGUGCAUCUUGAGGUGGGGGGUGGAGAUGACGAUGGGCAGGAUCUUGAGGUUCGGGGUAAAGACGAUGAUGAGUCGGGGCAGAAGAAGGACGUGGAUACGGGUGAUGAGAGUGAGAGGGAGGAAAGAGGAGGUACAGCUGGAAAAAAUAGGUGGGUGACGAAGGGUUGCGAUGAAGGAAAGCGGAUCACCGAGCAGUCCGCCAAGAUGUGUCUGACGGAGCUUCAACGAGGCGUACCACUUGAGGCCACCAGAUUGAUCCUCACCGUAGGUAACUUGUAUAUUGACAGCGUUUCUGAGAUGUUUCCUUGA